AUGGAAACUUUUAACCCUACUGGUGUUAGUAUGUUGCUCACAAUUGACACUACGCGCAACAGAGUUCUAUUCGCCGAAACUAGCAAGGAAGCUGUCGAUUUUCUUUUCACUCUUCUAUCUUUGCCUGUUGCCACAGUCAUUAGCCUCCUCUCUGGGGAUGGUAUGGUUGGUUGCAUCGGAAAUCUGUAUGAGAGCGUUCAAGAUCUCGGAGACACACACUUGGAACCCAACUUUAACAAGGACAUGCUGCUGAAACCCAAAGCAACAGUUGUUGGUGCCGAUAUCCUUGGCGUAAACAACAAUGUCUGUAAGUCUUGCAGCUGCCAUUUCCCUGGAUCUGUUUGUCCAUUAUGCGAAUGCGCCGUGUCUACGACAGCUGCAUCUACUGGAGAAGCGCCCUGCAGCAAUGGAGGGUACGUCAAAGGUGGUGUUGUAUUCGUGAUUAUGGAUAACUUGGUAGUGAAGCCUAUGUCUACCGUAUCAAUUCUAGAUGUGCUUAAAGAGCUGAAUGUUAUGGAGGUUGACGCCCUUGAACAGAAGUUGGUUAGUCUUGGCAAGGAAGAGGGGCUGAAGUUGGUGAAGGCAUCUUUGGAGUCGAAUGCAGUUCUUAGCAGUGCAUUCCUUGGUUUGGAAGCUGAAAUCCAGGGUGAAUAUGUUGCUCUUUCAGAAUUCAUUGGGUUAAAUAGGGUAGAACAAGCAGAUGUGUUCGAUGAGAAUUGGAAAAAUGAAGAGAAAAAAUGGAACAAAUAUGGCAAGUAUAAAGCACUGAAGAAACUAAGAAACACAAGAACAAGGAGAUGUUGA